AUGCAGCUUGUGUUGUUAUUGGGUGAUUUCCAUAUUCCACAUCGGUGCCAUGAUGUACCCGCGAAGUUUCGGAGCAUCCUGCUUCCGAACAAGAUUCAGCACAUCCUCUGUACCGGCAAUUUAUGCACCAAGGAAACUUACGAUUAUCUGAAGUCCAUCGCCAGUGAUGUUCAUGUCGUUAGAGGCGACUUCGAUGAGGAUCUAAGCUAUCAAGAUACAAAGGUGGUGACGGUUGGCGAUUUUCGUAUUGGUCUGUGCCACGGGCACCAACUCGUUCCAUGGGGAGAUCUGCAGGUGCUCGCUCUUCUGCGACGUCAGUUGGAUGCCGAUAUCGUCGUUACGGGUCACACGCACAAAUUCGAAGCCUUCGAGCACGAGGGAUAUUUUUUCAUAAAUCCUGGUUCAAUCACCGGCGCGUUCAGCGCUUUGGACAAAAAAGUCACCCCGUCUUUUGCCAUUCUCGACGUACAGUCUGGAGUGGUCUUUGUUUACGUCUAUCACUUAAUUGACGAUACGAUGAAAGUGGUAAAGCUGGAGUACAAGAAGAAAUAG